CGCCCACGCCCGCCGCCAGUGGCCACCUACCUGCAGCCGGGGCACAACUUCCUCCAGGCCACUGGGUAUGGAGGCGCCGAGCUGCACCCGCUGGCGGCCGGCCCGAGGCCCGAGUGCGUCGCCGCGCCCGCCGCCUGCACCAACAACAAGUACCGCACCCUCGACGGCUCCUGCAAUAACCUGAGGAGGCCGUCGUGGGGGAUGGCUGGCACCCGGUACGCCCGCCUCGUGCCCGCCAAGUACGCCGACGGCAUCCACGCGCCCCCGGUGUCCGUGACGGGCCAGCCGCUGCCCUCCGGCCGCGCCAUCUCGGUCGUGCUCUUCCCGGACGUGGACAUCAAGGACAAGCGCUGGACCCUCCUCACCAUGCAGUGGGGCCAGAUCAUCACCCACGACAUGUCGAUGGCCAUGGGCAACACGCAAGCCAAGCCGUACGCGACCGAGUGCUGCUCGCCGGACGGCUCCGUGGCCCUGCCGCCCGAGCGCGCCCCGGGCGUCUGCUACCCCAUCCUCAUCCCCAGGAACGACCCCGUGUUCGCGCCGCACCGCCAGGGCUGCAUGAACUUCGUGCGCUCCACGACGGACGCAAUGCAGGGCUGCGGCUCCGGCUACGAGCCCGCCGAGCAGCUGUCUACCGUGACCUCGUACCUGGACCUGUCGCUGGUGUACGGCUCCAGCCAGGCGCUGUCCGACAUGCUGCGCGAGUUCCGCGGCGGCCGCAUGGUCGUCGAGGUGCGCCGCGGCCGCGAGUACCCGCCCGCCAACCCCAACCGCACCGAGGUCUGCGACGGCGAGGGCCCCGGCGAGGCCUGCUACCUGGCCGGCGACGUCCGCGUCAACCAGAACCCGCAGCUGACGCUGCUGCAGGUGAUGCUCCUCCGUGAGCACAACCGCGUCGCCGGCAUCCUGGCGCACCUCAACCCGCACUGGGACGACGAGACGCUCUUCCAGGAGGCGCGCCGCAUCUGCAUCGCCCAGUACCAGUUCAUCUCGUACCACGAGUGGCUGCCGCUGUUCCUCGGCGGCGACAACCUGCGCCGCCACGGCAUCCUGUACAAGGCGCAGGGCCACAUCAACGACUACCGCGAGGAGGUCGAGCCCAGCGUGCUGCAGGGCCACGCCACCGCCGCCUUCAGAUACUUCCACUCGCUCAUCGCCGGCCAGCUCGACCUAGUGCAGGAACACCGCAACUCGUACGGCGCGCUGAGGUUCAGCGACACGCUCAACCGGCCCGCCGUCCUGGAGCAGGGCGACGGCCUCGACGACCUGGGCCGCGGGCUGACGACGCAGCCGGAGCAGGCCUCGGACCAGUGGUUCACCAGCGAGAUCACCGACUUCCUGUUCCGCUCCGGCCGGCCCUUCGGCCUCGACCUGCGCGCCAUCGACGUGCAGCGCGGCCGCGACCACGGCCUCGCCUCCUACAACGACUACAGGCAGUUCUGCGGCCUCAAGCGGGCGCACUCGUUCCACGACUUCCAGGACCAGAUCAGCCCCGAGAACAUCGAGAAGCUGGCCUCGCUGUACCCGCACCCCGACGACGUCGACUUCACGGUGGGAGGCUCGCUGGAGCGCCACGUCCCGGGCACCGAGGCCGGGCCCACCUUCAACUGCCUGCUCAUGGAGCAGUUCUACCGCACCAGGGUCGGCGACAGGUACUUCUUCGAGAGCGGAAACAGCCCGUACCCCUUCACGCCAGAGCAACUGGACGAGAUCCGAAAGUACAGCCUGGCCCGCCUCAUCUGCGAGAACUCGGACAACAUCCAGGCCAUGCAGCCGCAGGCGCUCAACUUCCCCGCCCACGACAAUCCUCUGACGCCCUGCGACCAGCUGCCGUCACCCGACUACCGGGCGUGGCAGGAGGCGGGCCCGGCGCCGCACUACUCGUCGUACUUGGGCAGAAAGUGAGCGCCGAGUCGAGUGUCACCUCUCGCACCCAGCGGGGAAAUAAAUCAGGGGGAAAUGAAAUGAAUGCGCGUGUCUUUAGUGCGGGAGGUGAGUUAGGAAAGGGGGUGUUUUUCGUCAUGUUCGAUGCCAUUAUUUUACUCCUUGCUGUUGGUGAAAUUAAAAGUUGGACUGUUGCGGCAGAUGGGCUUUACCCAACUGUGUGCGCCUUGUUGCAAAACUUUGUCAAUUCGAGUUGAAAAAAUGCGAAAAUGGGUAUUUAUUUCUUGCUGUAGGAUUUGAUUUCCGUUGCACUGAGCGAAUGUUACAAAACAAGACAAAGUUGAACGCAGGGCGUUGUAAAUAAUGUAAUGUAAAUUAUAUGAAAGCCAUUUUUAUGUUAAAUAUUCUUGAUUAGACGUUUAAGACAUUUUUUACCAUUUCAUCCAUCAUCAAAUCAAUACCUCUUCAUUAUACGACGAACUUCAAAAGAUUUGCCUUUCUUUAUCUUACAAUCUGGAUACUAUUCAUUGUAAGACCAGGGCGGUAAGUCUCUUGAAGUUCCAACGUGAUUUUGGUGGAUUAUCGAGUUACCAGAGUGCGCUUAUCACCUCUCUCUCCGUCGUGUAUGUAUAUUUGAACUUCAUUUAUAUCGCCAGUUUAAGACAAAUUUUUACUCAAAUUUCACGAUCUAACUAUAACUAUUUCUCUAUGUCUAUAUCGAGUGUAGCUAUGGUGCACCUAAAAAUCUCCCCAUUGAACCAUAUGCGUCUUGACUCUGUAAAUCUUGCGUUUCGGCGCAAGGUGUAUACUGUAUAUUUUUGUCGUAAAUAAAUCAUAUUUUAUUACGUA